CUCGCUGUCCACACGUGGGUUGUAAUCUCAGCCUUUUCUACUAAACCGCUACCUGACAUAGACGCCGUGUUGACAAGGACCGAAGACGAACCAUGGCCAAUCCCGAAGUUUACUUUGAUAUUUCCGUCGGCGGUAGUCCAGCUGGACGUAUCUGCUUUGAGCUCUAUGCAGAUACAGUUCCCAAGACCGCUGAGAACUUCAGGGCACUAUGCACAGGAGAGAAAGGGUUUGGAUAUAAAGACUGUGUGUUUCAUCGGAUCAUCCCCAAGUUCAUGAUCCAGGGUGGUGACUUCACUCGUGGUGAUGGAACUGGAGGCAAAAGCAUCUACGGUGCUAAGUUUGCUGAUGAGAACUUCAUCAGGAAGCACGAAGGACCAGGUACUCUGUCGAUGGCUAAUGCUGGACCUAACACUAACGGAUCUCAGUUCUUCAUUUGCACAGCAAAGACCUCUUGGUUAGACGGAAAACAUGUGGUGUUUGGUCGUGUUACAAGUGGACUGGAUAUUGUCGAAAAGCUUGAAGCUCUGGGUUCCGCGAGUGGGAAAACCUCCAAGAAAUGUAUCAUUUCUGCUUGCGGACAGCUUUGAGUCUCCUUGUAAAUUUUAAAAUCAUCAUGACUGUACACUCUCCUUAAAUAGAGUUGUCAUGGACCACAGUGCUUGAUAUCCAUUACUUCUUCCUCGGUUAAAAUUGAGAUGCAACUUUCAUUUGCUAGUAGUCCAAAACAGACUCAAUGAGCCUUCAGGUUUGACAACGGAGGUGAAAGUUAGUUUUCUAAGCUUUUGAAUUGACCAGCUGAUUUUGUUUUCUACAGCCUCUUGAGAUAUUUGAGAAUGUUGAUGCGGAGUUACGUGUUCUAACACUACUACCUUAUUAAUCAUCUAGUCCAAACUUGGGUUUUCCCCAGUAAAAUGAAAGGGUUACUAUUUUCAGCAUUUGAUAAUUUUGUAAUGGCCUGGUUUCUUUUUGUCUUUUUGUAGGGUCAUCACAAUGCAUUCCAAAGUACCUGUAAAUGCCAAACAAUGUAAUAAAUUCUAUAAGUUUU